GCUCUUCGUGGACGGCAGGUUCCAGCUGGCCCGCUUUCAGAGGAAAACGCGGAUGACGUCGAUUCCUAGCAGCGACGAUUUCCAUGAUGGGCGCCAACCUACUUCCAGCCGACGUCGUGCGGUGGAUGCCGGGGAAGAUGGACAUCAGACACAGGAACAACCGCAGCGGCGCCGUGUUUCCGCUGACCCACCGUUCUUAUCCGAGGAGCAGUUGGCACAACACCCGCAAAAUGAAACUCCUCUACAACGUGUUGCCAGGAACGCGACUGGGUUAGUGACCACCCAACAACAGCAGCAGAUUAACUCUCAACAACUGAACCCUGUGAUGCAGCUACCGCCGUUACAGAUACCGCAAAAUAAUUC